CUUUCAUGCUUCCCCCCUUAACACUUUGUUUACGUAAACACGAAUGACAGUACAAUUUUAGCGUAAUCGCUGGCAGAGGUCAAAGUUUAAAAAGCCACGCGAUACAGGUAUCAAAUAAAACAGUAUCUAUGCUACAGUUUUGUAGUCGCAAAGUGCACUGUACGUUGAUAAGUACUAUAGAGUAGUAACAUUUUACUUUCUGCUUUAACACAACAGAACUGCGAUUUCAUAAAAAGAAAUGGGUGACUUGCGAUUUGAUGGACGGGUAGCUGUAGUAACUGGCGCUGGAGCCGGAUUGGGAAAAUCCUAUGCCCUUCUGUUUGCUUCUCGAGGGGCCAAAGUCGUUGUCAACGACUUAGGGGGUGGCCGACACGGUGACGGCAGUUCUUCAAAAGCAGCUGACGCUGUUGUAGAUGAAAUCAGAAGAAAUGGCGGAACGGCCGUUGCAGAUUAUAAUUCAGUCGUUGAUGGAGAGAAGAUUGUGAAGACAGCUUUGGAUAAUUUUGGGCGUAUUGAUAUUUUGGUUAAUAAUGCUGGUAUUUUACGAGACAAGAGUUUUGCAAGAAUAUCUGACCAGGAUUGGGAUUUGGUACAUGCUGUCCAUUUGAAAGGAAGUUUUAAAACAACACAAGCAGCCUUUCCAGUAUUUAAAAAACAAGGCUAUGGAAGAAUAGUGAUGACAUCGUCAAAUUCAGGCCUUUAUGGAAAUUUUGGACAAGCAAAUUAUUCAGCUGCUAAGUUGGGUCUUGUUGGAUUGACCAAUACAAUAGCAAUUGAGGGAGCCAAAAACAAUAUUCAUUGCAAUGUGAUAGUGCCAACGGCAGCAAGUAGAUUAACUGAAGAUAUUCUUCCCCCAGACUUAUUUGCAGAGCUAAAACCAGAAUUAAUUGCUCCAGUUGUCGCUUAUCUUUGUCACGAAAGCUGCCCCGAAAAUGGCGCCGUAAUUGAAUCGGCAGCUGGGUGGGCAGGAAAAUGCCAAAUAAUUCGUGCAAAUGGUAGCCUUCUGCGCACUAAAAUCACCGAUGGCGUCUCUGUGGAAAACGUACGCGAUAACUGGCAACAAGUCACUUCAAUGACAGGCGCUGAGAUUUUAGCCUCAAUCCAAGACGCUACAGGUGCUUUGAUGACGUCUCUGGAUAAUUUGAGGUCAGGAGAUGUAAAAAAAGAAGAAAUGGACGUCUUCGAGUUUACAGAAAAGGAUACAAUUUUAUAUGCUCUUGGAACUGGAGCAUCUACAAAGAAAGAUAACGAAAUGAGAUUUUUGUAUGAAAAUGAUGAAAACUUUACCCCCUUACCUACAUUCUAUAUAUUGCCUGGAAUGCAGGCAAUGUUUGCAUCCUCACAACUUGAGUCGGCUAUACCCGGUAAAACGAUUAGCUUAGCGCAAGUCCUGCAUGGAGAGCAGUACAUAGAAUUUUUGGGGGAAGUACCAACUGAAGGAAAAUUGAUUUCAAAGACGAAUAUUGUUGAAGUUCUUGAUAAAGGAUCAGGAGCGGCUAUUGUACAAGAUGUUGAAACUUUUAACGAUAAAGGAGAAUUGAUUAUUCGCAACCAAACGGUAACUUUCGUGGUAGGUGCUGGUAACUUUGGUGGACCACGAACUGGUACAAAAAUCGUACCAUGUCAAUCGAAACCCAGUAGACAACCAGAUGUUAGCAUCAGCGAAAAAACCAGCGUUGAUCAAGCGGCGUUGUAUAGGCUGUCUGGAGAUCGCAAUCCACUGCAUAUUGAUCCUAAUAUGGCUUUGGUUGCUGGAUUUAAAGAACCAAUUUUACAUGGAUUGUGUACUUUGGGAUUCUCUGUUAGAAUACUUGUUAGAGCGUUUGCUGGAGGAGAUUCGUCUUUGGUCAAAGCAGUUAAGGCUCGUUUUAUGAAACCUGUGAUACCUGGUCAAACAUUAAAGGUGGACUUAUGGAGAGAAAAUAAUAGAAUCUACUUUGAAACUACAGCGGUGGAAUCAAACACGGUGGUCAUAGGCGGAGCAUACGUCGAUUUGACUUCAGUCCAAGUAGUUGAACCAACAAUGGGAUCCGCAACGGCUUUGGAAAGUGAUGCCAUUUUCCAGUUCAUCAUUGAUCAGGUUAAGGCAGAUCCAAACAAGGCGAAAUCUAUUGGUGGGGUAUUCCUGUACAAAAUAACCAAAAAUGGAAAAGAAGCGAAACAAUGGACUAUGGACUUGAAAAAUGCAAAGGUAUAUGAAGGGGCACCAGAAGGAAAACCAAGUACCACACUGACGAUUGCUGAUGAAGAUUUCAUGCUAAUGGCCCAAGGAAAAUUGCAACCUCAAGCAGCUUUCAUGAAAGGAAAACUAAAAAUUACAGGAAAUAUUAUGUUGGCACAGAAAUUGGCACCAAUACUAAAGGCCAAUGCAAAACUGUAAUUUAAUAACCUCUACAUAUUGUACAUUUUAUGUACACAUUCCUUUUAAUUUUUGGAAUUUUAUUUACAUGGUUUCUUCAGUGUAUUAUUAUCCUGUUGUAAUUGUUAUGUAUGGAUUUAAGUUGGUUUUUUAUUAUGUUAUUGUGGAUGGUCAAACUUUUUAUAAAUAUAUUUCUUUAAAGAAA